UGGCACCUCGGAAAUGGUGGCAUCUUUACAGACAGUUACUGCAACAUCUGCAAUGCACAGCUGAUCUCCGAAUCCCAGAGGGUCGCACACUACGAGAGUAAGAAACAUGCCAACAAGGUUCGGCUCUUCUACAUGCUGCACCCAGAGGAUGGAGGACCUCCCUCCAAGAGACUGCGCCCUGACAACCCGGAAAGUGAUGCGAGUGAAGUGGACAGGAACAAGUGCUGCACGCUCUGCAACAUGUUCUUCACGUCAGCUAUUGUGGCCCAGUCCCAUUACCAGGGCAAGACCCACGCCAAGAGAGUGCGGCUGGUCCUGGGGGAGCCUGCAAGCAUGCCCACCACUGUCAGCAGUCCAGACUCCACCUCCAUCGCAUCCCAGCCUGCUGACCAGCCUCCGCCGCCUAAGUGGCUCCCAGCCAAUGACAGCGAGGCAGGGAAGUUCUGCUGCCUAUGUGGCGCCUGGUUCAACAACCCGCUGAUGGCACAACAGCACUAUGAGGGCAAGAAACACAAGAGGAAUGCAGCUCGGGCACGACUCCUGGAACAGCUAACAGGCAGCCUGGGAGCAACAGAAACCACAGCGCUGAGAAGCAGAUAUUCGUGUACCGUGUGCAACGUGGUCCUGAACUCCAUCGAACAGUACCACGCACACCUUCAGGGAUCCAAACACCAGAACAACUUGAAGCAGCAGCAGUGAGAUCCUGCAGCCCCUAUCUGUGGGGCCAAGUGUUUCAUAGGGGAGAAGACAGCAUCUCUAUCUAGAAAUGUUCUGGGAAAGAUUCCUGUGCUGUUGGAAGAACAGCCAGCUCCACUUGUGGUCAGCCAUUUCCACUGAAACACAUAUUGCACCAAGCCUUACCCUGUCUGACUUUUCCUCUGAUAUGAAAUUCUUGAUUCUGCUGGUUGUCAGAGAUUUGUCAACAACAAAAAAAUCAUUACAGCAGUAAAGGUCACCCCAGCAUCAACGUGCUGGGGUUUUUGCACAGGACUGCAAUCAAAAAGUCAUCGAAACAGACAAGGCCAAUGAACAUUAACUGCAUUCACAAAGUCUGGCCUAGUUCAGCGUAUACAGAGUAUGACUUCAGUUCAAUAAUGUAAUCUAGGUUGUUUCAAAAUAUGUGUCUGGCCCUGUUCAGUUUUAGUAGGAGAUUCAGAAAUGUAUCCUAGAGCAUUGAUUUGCCAGAAGUGCAUUGCAAUGUAUUUACCAGCUGGCAAUAGCUUUAAGAAUACUUCCCAAUGGUCUUAUGCUAUAUUAGGCGCUUUUAACUCAUAUUUCUCAGAUCUUUAUAAUA